AUGACCACAAAGGGGGCCCCUACUUUUCUUGAGGGAACGGAGGCAAUGACCCUCACCCGCUACGUGCUGGUGGAGCAGCGGCGCCACCGCGAAGCACAGGGCGACUUGACGCUGCUGCUGUCCGCGGUGCAGCUUGCCUGUAAGGUCAUCGAGUCGUGUGUGCGGCGCGCCGGUAUCGCGAAACUCUACGGUCUCGCAGGCGACCAGAAUAUUCAGGGAGAAGACCAGAAAAAGUUGGACGUGAUAGCAAACGACACCUUUAAACUGAACUUGAUUGCAUCGGAGAAGUGCGCGUGCUUGGUCAGCGAGGAGGAGGAGCUGGCGAUUCUCGUGGACCCAUCCUUGCGCGGCCACUAUGCCGUCGCGUUCGACCCGCUGGACGGUUCUUCGAAUAUCGACGCGAACGUUUCUAUCGGCACGAUCUUUGGCAUCUAUCACAUCGAUAACCCGCAGGAACUCAACUCGUCGGAGGACGUCAAUCGCUAUAUGCUGCAGAGCGGUCGCUCGAUGGUUGCUGCUGGCUACGCCAUGUACGGAUCCGCGACGAACCUCGUUUUCUCAACAGGUGAGACUGUCAACGGGUUCACGCUGGAUCCGUCGCUGGGGGAAUUCGUUCUAACGCACCCGAACAUGCGUUGUCCACCCCGCGGGACCAUCUACUCGAUCAAUGAGGGCAAUAGCCGCGACUGGGAUCCAGCUGUUCGCGAGUUCGUGCAGCGCAUGAAGUAUCCUGAGAAAGGGAAACCGCGCUCUCUGCGCUACAUCGGAUCCAUGGUGGCUGAUGUUCAUCGGACGCUGCUGUACGGGGGAGUUUUCAUGUACCCCGCGGACAGCAAGAGCAAGGAUGGCAAGUUGCGGUACCUGUAUGAAGCGGCGCCGAUGGCGUUCUUGAUGGAGGUCGCCGGUGGCAAGGCCACGACCGGCAGGGAGGAUAUUUUGGACGUCAGACCGCGACAUAUUCACCAGCGAGUACCCGUGUUCAUGGGCAGCGCUGAAGAUAUCGAAGAGUUUUUAGAGAUCGCUAGCAAGUUUCAGUAA